GGACAAAUCUGGAGCCGCGGCCCCAAGGAGCGAGAUGUCAGUCGGGGAAGCAUCUUCUGCCUUUGGGAGCGUCUUUUUCGCUGUGUCUGCCGGGAAGCCUGAGAAGCCCUGAACCCUCGGCAAGACUCCGUCAGUAUGAGUUUGACCCAAUUCGCCAUGGUCGAGGAAUUGGCUUCUCUUGUCAAGGACAAUCUUCCUUGCAAGCAUCUAGUUCUCACUAUGGAAGAAGCCCUAAUUAACUUCCUUCAGGAUGAGAACACAGGUUCAGAUAGGGUCUUGGAAUUGGAGCCAAUGAACUCUUAUAGUCGUCUUCUCUUACAUCGUCUUGCAGAGAUAUUUGGGUUUGCGCAUGAAUCUGUUGGUGAAGGAGAUGAUCGCCAUUUGGUUCUGGUGAGGUGUCCGGAGACAUCUAUACCUCCCAUCCUGGUUAGUGAUAUCCUCUGGGAAUAUGAUGAGCCUCAAUAUCUGAAUUCAUCACACCAAAUAUUAAGGAGAAAAGAAACCAUUCCGGCCUCUCAAACAACUAUACCAUCGAUCCAACAGUCACUAGAGAAGAGGAAACAAGCUUAUUUGAUUUCUCGUGAGCGAAUUUUUUCCAUGAAUUUGGAUGAUGUGAAAGGGUCUGGUGAACGGAAGCCCCGAAGCGUGCCUGUGGUUGCCCGCCGAAUGAUUGCUCAUGCACUAGGUCAAAGCAUCCACUCAAAAAAUCAGAAUGGCUUGCCUACCAAUAAUAUGAAGGAUAGAGUAUGUACGGAUGUAUCAGAUGAUCAAGAUAAGAACAGUCAAGAGUCCAACCUUGUGAAAGGUCCGGAAGAGUCUAUACACCCAAAAAGGAACUCAAACAGCGGAAUAAGAAAUGAUAGCACUUCCGACUCCUCCUCAUCCAACGAAAGGAAUGCUGACAAACCACAAGUCUCCCAACAUGUAAAACACGGCAAUAGGGCAAGUAAAGACUACAUGAAAAUGGAGCACUUGGGAGCUGCGAGGAGAAUCUUUGCCCAUGCUUUGGGAGUGCACUCUGGGAAGGAUGCUGCUUCUGCUUCUAGUAGUGGUAGAGAACUAAAAAAGAGCUACACAGAAUAAGGGGGAGAAAAUUUUUUGUACCAUGCUCUUGAUGGAACAUCCGCAGGGCUGCAGCCAGGUUUCAAUAUUGUUGAUGAGCGGAAUGAAUAAUGAUCACAUUUUACUUAAAAUUCCUGAUGUUUUCUGGCGACACGCCGGCGAAGGACUAUCCUAGUAUUAUGAUGGUUUCUCAGUUAUGACUGAAUCUGACGUAGCAAGUUGAGCAACAAUCCGGUUCACUGGUAUCCUCGAAGAGCGAGAAGAAGCUGUAUCAUGUCGACCUGCUGUGGUUUAUGAAACUGAGUUGGCUGCAUGGGGUUCGGUCUCCCAAACUUCGCAACCCUUGCAGUCCCGUCUUUAUUGUAGAUGUCUAUUGUGUUCUGUUAACGUCUAGGUUUUCUUUAAUGACGCGGACCUUCUACCGUGCUGGGUUUAACGGGUCAUUUCUUCACGGGGAGGGGUUGUAUUUAUUUUUAAUGUAACAUAUUUCCCAUUCAGGUUCUUCUGUUAACGCUGUGUAAUCACUAUGACGAGACCCAUUGUUGCUUAGAGUUUGGCUUCUCUUCA